AUGGAAUCGGCAUCUCUUAAUGACUUAUCAGUAUUACAGAAAAGUACGGAGGGAACUCCAGUAUUUAUAGCGGAUAAUCUAGAAUUACCAGAUGAUACAUUUCGCAUGGGUCUUGACAAUUUUUCAGUAAUUGGCGAGAAUGUAACUAUUGGUGAUAGAAAUAUGUCCAUCGAUAGUAAUGCAACUUCGUCCGUUGGGACUCCAUUACUUCAAAUAGUUACUCCCACGCAAACUCCGGAUAUACAAACUCCCGAUAUUCAAACUCCGGACACACAAACUCCCGACAUUCAAAGUCCAGAUAUUCAAACGCCGGAUAAUCCAAUUCCGGAUAUUCAAACACCGAAUAUUCCAACUCCGGAUAUUCCAACUUGUGAUAUUCAGACACCAGCGGUGGACAAAUCCCCGCCAUUUGUUGAAACCCCGAAAACGUCAGACAAUUCAAAAACGGAAGAAUUAACACCUAAAAAACCAAAUUUAUUAAAGUUAUCGUUAACUAAAAAGAAUGAUAAUGAUAUUUUUGUGAAGCCGUCGCCGGUGAUGGAGGUCAUGUCGCCAGCAAAGAUGUUACAAUACGAAGUGGACUUAGGAACGCCCACGAUGAAACGGGCCGCUGUUGAUUUCAAUUUCUUUGAUAAAAACAAUUUUGAAGAAUAUUUUACUGACGUUACGGGCAAAAUAGAAAAUACAGAAACAAAACGAGUUGAAGAUGGUAAAACUUAUGAAGAAACACCUGUAAUUGUGAAUGCUAACACUGUACGACAUGAAAUAGGCUAUGUUAACCUUAACGGCGCUUCUAAAGUGGACAUAUCACAUUUCGAUUUGCUCAAAGUCCUCGGCACCGGAGCAUACGGCAAGGUGUUUCUAGUAAGAAAACGAUGCGGCAUAGACGAAGGCAAAUUGUACGCGAUGAAAGUAUUAAAAAAGGCAUCAAUAGUACAGAAAUUAAAGACAGCUGAACACACAAGGACAGAAAGACAGGUCUUGGAGGCUGUGAGGGCAUGUCCGUUUCUGGUCACUCUUCACUAUGCCUUCCAGACUGACGCAAAACUACACCUUAUUCUAGAUUAUGUGGCCGGUGGGGAAUUGUUUACGCAUCUCUACCAGAGGGAGUAUUUCAACGAAAGCGAAGUUCGGAUAUACAUAGCGGAAAUUAUACUCGCUCUCGAGCAGUUGCAUAAGCUCGGCAUAAUCUACCGCGACAUCAAACUAGAAAAUAUACUCCUUGACGCCGAAGGCCACAUAGUGCUAACAGACUUUGGAUUGUCCAAAGAGUUCUGUGGCGGUGAGAGCAGAGCGUACAGCUUCUGUGGUACCAUAGAGUAUAUGGCGCCGGAAGUCGUCCGCAGCGGCAAUCAGGGGCACGAUAUUGCUGUCGACUGGUGGUCAGUUGGUGUACUCACAUACGAAUUGCUGACUGGCGCGUCACCUUUCACCGUCGAGGGUGAGAAAAAUACUCAGCAAGAGAUAACGAAGCGUAUAGUGCGGUGCAGCUAUCCAGUGCCGACUGACGUCAGCCCUGAAGUGCAGGAUUUUAUUAGGAAGCUUCUGGUCAAAGAUCCUCGCCGGCGUCUUGGCGGUGGUGAAGAGGACGCCGGUGAAUUGAAACGGCAUCCGUUCUUCCAGAAUCUAGACUGGGAGGCAAUUUCACGUCGAGAAAUUGCUGCCCCCUUCGUGCCUCAGCUCUCGCACGCGGCUGACACGUGUAAUUUUGCUGAUGAAUUCACCAGGAUGCCGCCGACUGACUCACCAGCACAGGCGCCCAAACAUCAUGACAAACUGUUUCUAGGCUACUCAUACGUCGCUCCGAGUAUACUGUUUUCGGAAAAUAUAAUAUCUGAUCAAAUAUGGAUGCAGGCUACUGGACAGAAGCACGACAAAUUAAAAGGAUGGGUGGCCAAGGACUCGCCAUUCUUCCAGAAAUAUGCAGUGGACCUGAGCACACCUCUACUUGGGGACGGAUCGUACUCCGUAUGUAGAAAAUGUAUACACAGACAGACGGGCAAGGAGUAUGCUGUUAAAAUAAUUUCAACACAGAAGAAGGAUGUUAAACAAGAAAUAGAGUUAUUAAAGGCGUGUCAGGGCUGCCCCUACAUCAUCACCCUGCACGAGGUGUUUCAGGACUCGGCCUUCACAUAUAUAGUGACGGAGUUGGCUACGGGUGGAGAGUUGGCGUCGGCACUGGCCAUCGGUGUACCUGGCGAGAAGGUGGCUCGCCGUCUGCUAGGACAGCUGGCUCUAGCCGUACGCCACAUGCAUUCCAAGAACAUUGUGCAUAGGGAUCUCAAACCUGAGAAUAUCUUGCUGACGAGUUGUCGCCUCAAUGAAGCUAAUAUUAAAGUAGUCGACUUUGGUUUUGCUCGCCGCAUCCCCGAGUCUGAUGAACGGCCGCGGAUGAUGACGCCGUGCUUCAGUUUGCCAUACGCUGCACCGGAAGUUGUAUCCCGAGCUCGAUGCAGCAGUGCCCCCGGGUAUGGACCGGCGGUCGACCUCUGGAGUCUUGGUGUCAUCUUCUACUUCAUGUUGUGCGGCAAAGCGCCAUUCCAACUGGCCUCCAAGAAGGAACCAAUUACGGCUCUAAUGGACAGGAUUCGGAGUGGCAGCUUUAGCAUGGAAGGUGGUGCGUGGAGUUCAGUGUCGAGUAACAGCCGGCGACUGGCUCGGUCUCUGCUGAGUGUGGACGCGGACAGCCGGCCGCCUCCCGCCUCGCUGCUGCUCGCGCUGCACAACCACGCCGCGCCCACGUUCCACCUGGCGGAUAUGACCAAGGCGGAACUAUACAAGCGGCGCAGCAAGAACAAGCAGCGGUCCUCAAGUGGGUCGGAACCUGGCACGUCACAAUCAGAGCCUACCUUCGAACCCGACGAGGUCAAAGAAUCCUCCUUACUCGAAACAAUCGCGAACCUCAAAAAUAGAAUGAAUAAGAAUUCAAUAGAAAAUGACGUAGAACUAAUCAAAGCAAACACACAAGACACUCCCGUCGAUGAAACAACGGAGCCGCAGUUCGACGAGGAUGAUAUACCCUCAGUAAAGCCAGUCGAAAAGACAUACGCUAAAUCUAGGUCGAAAUUGGACGACUAUAUCUACGUGGAGAGCAGUAAAGGUCUCGACGGUACAGAAGUAGCGUUCCCGAAGGCCACACGCAGCACCAAAUCCAAAGAAUCUACUUCCCCCGUCCCUAGAAAACGUAGAAAAGUUGAUACCAGACAGACCAAGAAAGCAGAAGUCAACGAAGAGAGAUCGCUGAGGAGUAAAGUAGAAAACGGUAGAAAAGUUAAAUCUAAAACUCCUCCACCUCCCAAACGGGUACUUAGAAACAAGAGUGUGACAGAAAAGAAAACUAGAGCAACCAAAGAAUCUAUUGAAAACGAGAAAACAGUUGUAACUAGAGCGACCAGGAAACGCAAAUUCGAGGAAAUAACUAAACCCGUAUUAAGGGAGAAAGGUCAAAACGGUCGGGCGACCCGAAAAAGUAGCUCAGAGAAAGCUGAGACUACUAGAAAAAUAGCAAGAGCUAAAAAGACUAAAGCAAUGAAGCCGCUAACUCUAGAAAUACAAGAGCAGAAUGUCCGCAUGACUCGUUCUAGAAGAAGGCGAUUAGAGAUCAGCCUCUCGCCAUCGCAAGUGAAAAGUGUAGUGCCGGCGUUCUCAUUCGAAUCGGACCGCCGUAUCGACUCAAUCGAGAGCAAUCGAUCGUCGAAAUUAAAUACCAAAGCGACCAAAGCGAAAUCGAGCAAAGCGAAGACGCCCGUAAGGUCUACACGCUCCCGCGCGAAUCGAAGGUGAAAUAUCGAGUAAUCGAAUAAUCGAAUAGUGAUGGAGUACGGACGCUUUGCUCAGGCAUAGAUUAAACAAAUGGAUACAAGUUAUUUAUUCAAAAGAGUUAGUUAUAUAAACGUAGUUAGCAAUCUAAUAUGUCGCGUAAUGUUUUAUUUUUUAAUUCCUUUAUUUAAUGUUACUAUUAAUUUUUAAGACACCUUCUUUCCGAUUGGGUCUGUGCUGAUUUGUCGGGACUUGGCUGGCAUUUUUUUUUAUGUUAAAAACUUUGUGUACAUUAAUCGUGAUGCACUCUUGUUACAAGCUGGCACAUGUCUCUUUUAUUACCAUUAGAUUUAAUUUUGACUAUAAUUUAAUAGAUUAAAUUAGGUUCAAUCCGAGUGGAAUGUUUUAGAAAUAUUAGGCGUCCAAUAUAAACUGUUGAUUAUAAAAAUAAAGAGAAAAUGAAAUAAAAAAUGCUAAUAAAUUUAAUAUUAUAUCAAAUAUAUACAUAUGUGAGUAAUCUAAAUUAUCAGGCUAGUCUUUUAUAUAGAAAGUUAUCGCUCCUUCCUGCUUUGGUAAUGUGUAAAAGAAAUUAUAACCAAAUAUAAAAUAAUUCUGUUUUUCUAAAAUGAUUCAUUUUGAUUGGACCUACAUGUUUUAGGUUAAUAGGAUGUGAUUGCACUGUUCCAAGCUAUCUCCAAUUUGUUUAUUAAGUUUGUCCGUCUCUAUGUUAUAAUGUACAGUCAGCAACAUAUAAAUAUACAAGUCUGUGGUGAUCAAAUUAGACAUAAGUAUGAUAUCAACAAUUUCUUGAUCUAUUAAUUGAAAAUUUGUUGUAAAACCGUAAAUUUAUCCAUUUAAGUCAUUUAACAAACAUCAAAUUUACCCACGAGUUCUAUAUUUAACCUAAAAUUAAUUAUAUACCUAAAAAAAUUUAAAGACACAAAAUACAUUUAUUUUAUGAUUUUUAAAUUAACAGUUAAAUUCAUUUGUGUAAUCAAUCAUAGUCGUAUAUUUAUCUGCAGUUAACUGUACUUUAAAAAAUCGCAAUUUAUCGCACGUUCGAGUUAAAGCUACGCGUACGACUAAUCGCGGAAUCGGUUGCGACAAACUUACAAUUGUUUAUUAGAGGCCAUUCGAUUGGAAAUAUAUGAAAUUGUUAUUUCCGAUUUGAAGUUCUAUAAUAGUCAAAUAUUAAUGAAAAUUAUUUCACCCUUAUUUCAUUAUUUUUCAACCUGGAAUCUUUCGUGCGGAAGUUGUCCCCAGACUGUGCCCUGCCCAUUUGCGACAAAAAUGGACGACGAAAUCCUUUAACCUUUCGUGUUUUCUUCAUAUUCAUUAUAUAAGGCAAUCAGUCUUAUUCUCUGAAUUAUGCAAUUGAUUUUAACGUUUUUAGCAAUAGAUAGAGUGAUUCAAAAGGAAGAUUUUAAAGUUUAAUAUCUGCAUAUUAAAAUACAGAAAAAUGGAUAAAUUUAAAGAUAUAGGGGCGACUCACUGUAUGUGUA